CUGUUCCAUAGCAAAGAUUAAUCUAGGGUUAGACUUCCAAAAUCAUUUCCAAUCGCCAUUGUUUUUCAACUCCUGAUUUAGGGUUUCUCCUGCAAUAUUGAUCACUAAGUUUCUAUGGAGGUUCCAAUCUCUUUUCGACCCUCCAAUUCGACUGUACAAGGUGAUGAUAAAGUCUCUUUACUUUACGCCUGGCUUUUCGAAUGCCAUGGUUUCAUACACAACCUCACACUAGUUGUCUCUUCGGCUCUGUUCGUCUUUUACUUGGCAUCCCACGCGAGAAAGAGCAUCGGAAGGCUAUCCAAUGGACGAUCAUAUAUCAUGAUUGCUUAUUAUGGCUGUCUUUGGCUCGUUAGUCUCCUGAAUCUAGUUUGGUGUUUUCUUCAGGCAUGGGAAUGCAGUCCUGGGAAAGAAAAAGCCUGGAAUAUAUUGUCUUUGUUUACAACAUCUGGAAUGCUGUUUCUUGAGGUCAGUUUGAUGGCUUUCUUAUUACAAGGAAAUUAUGCUGGUGGAUCAGAAGCCUUGACGCGUACAUUUGCUAUUACGGGUCUUAUUGUCUGUUUGGACAUGCUUUUGAAGGCUAUAUACUUGUUUGGGUUUGCUGUUCCUUUGUUCAUCAAUGACCAUGAAAACAACCAUGGGAUAAAAUGGGGUUUGUGGGUAUUACACAAGCUGCUUCUUACUGCAGUCUAUGGCUUGAUAAGUUUUGGAUAUCAUUCAAGAUGGAGAGAAAAACUACCUGCAAGACCUGCAUUCUACAAGUACACAAUCAUCAUGUUCUUCUCGAAUGCCAUGGCUCUGUUAGCUUGUGGACUUACUGGACAAGGAUCUGGAUUGGGAUUCUGGCUGUAUGACCUGACAGAAGUUCUCUACCAUGCGUUUUACCUCCCUCUUCUAUAUGUCACAUUUCUUGCUGACUUCUUCCAGGAAGAAGACUUACAUCUAGAGAAUAUAUACUACUCUGAGAUGAAAGAUGCUGGGUUUUUCGAUGGUGAUUGGGAAUGAACGAAAAUCAUAGGCCUUGAAGAGAAGAUUUCACACAUUUCUGUACAGUUGAUCCAGGUAUUCCAAAAUUCUAUCAUAAAUAGUUCGAGUACAAUGAAAUGAGGUAAGGGUGUCAACUUCUUGUCAAAUUUUGCGUAAAAUAUGGUAAGGGAGCAAAACGUAUCUGGUUUGUGUGUACAGUAAACUUUGCAGUAGCAUCAUCCAUUUGGGUUCCUCUUUAUGUUAAUGAAAUUCCUUAUUUCUGCUACCA